AUGGACGAACACUCGACCAACCUGGUCAUUAUCCUGCAGUCGAAACUGGCCAACACGAGCAUGGGUUUCAAGGAAGCAUUGGAAAUCAGGACAGAGAGUGUCCACGCAACAAAGAAGAGACAGGAUCACCUGCUGCAAUCAAGCCAGGUCCAAACAGGAGCAAUCGGACCAGGACAAGGGCAAGGGCAAGGACAGGGACAUUCUCCAAAGGCACAAUCUCAAUCGCUGGCGUUACCUCCAUCAAGCAUAUUAUCGCCACUCAGAAACACUACCAGGUCGCCUAUAGGACUCGUACCCACCACGCCGACACCUUCUCAGCUUCCCAACCCAUACAGCAACCACAGCAAUAUACCCCAGAAUGGCCGAUCGUCGCCUUAUAUGCAACAGCAAUCGUCAGUACCAUCACACCAGCAGCAAUAUUCAAAUGGCUCCUCGGAUAUCGAUCCGUACAGCAGCAGCAGUGUUCACAGGAGAAAGGGAGGAAGGUCGGAAGAGUUUCAUGGGCAAUACGAUGACGACAAUGAGUCUGCCGGUCCGGCGUCAAUGCUCUUCCAACAGCAGCAACAGCAACAACAUGCCGAACAAUACGUUCAAAACCGCUCCACAGCAAUUGAAGCCGUGGAAUCGACACUUCAGGAACUGGGAGGCAUUUUUCAACAACUGGCACAGAUGGUCGCUGAACAGCGGGACACGGUACAAAGGAUCGAAGCGAACUCAGAAGACAUUGAGCUCAAUAUCAACGAGGCGCAGAACCAGCUGCUGAGAUACUACCGCAACAUUUCCUCUGAUCGAUGGUUGAUGAUUAAGAUAUUCUUGACCAUCAUCUUUGUCUUCCUCGUCAUGUCCCUUGUAGGGUAG